UUGACGUGAGACGUCUGGUAAUGGUACAGAAUUAUUGAGGUUAUGAACUUUAUAUUGAUUAAAAUAAAUAUUGGCGGAAAAAAACAAUAACUUAGAUAAAAAUUAAGGUAUUUAUCUUUUAAGAAUCAAAUAGACACAAAAAAAUCAUGUUUGGAAGCAUUUGGGCAGGUGGAAAUUUAAGACGAAUUAACAUUUUAUUAAACCAGCGCAAUUUGUGCACUUCUUUGAAACUUUGGAAUAUAGAUACAACUGGAGUAGAAAACACUUCUACAAAAGCCGGAGGAUUUGCAAAGUCUUAUGAAAAACAAAGCCAAUUAUUUCAAGAGGAGCCGGAACAGAAACAAACAUUUGCGUCUCUACUCAGGAGUUCUAAACUAAUGGAUCUUGGUGAUCCACAGGGUAAAAUUAUUACUGGAAAAAUAUUUCAUGUGGUUGAAGAUGAUUUAUACAUAGACUUUGGAUGGAAGUUUCACUGUGUGUGCACAAGACCCACAACCCGAGGUGAAGAAUAUGUUAGAGGGGCAAGAGUUAGAUUACAGAUAAAAGACUUGGAGCUGUCAUCGAGGUUUCUUGGAUCCAGUACUGACCUCACACUCUUAGAAGCAGAUUGCAAACUUUUGGGCAUUAUUAAUUCACCUAUACAACCAUCAGUUAGUGAAAAAAAUAUUUAGAUUCCUAUGUUAAGUAAAUUUUGUAUAAGUAAAUAAAG